GUUUCGACCGAACCUGGAUGACCUCCCAGACGUGCCACCCCCUCCUGGCUUUUCGCUGCGGCAGGGCCCGGAUCCGGCUGCGUGGGUAGCGAUCCAGAAGGCAGCUGAGCCCUUCUUGGACAUUAGCUUGGAGGGAUCCCAGGAGGGCGCUUGGCAGCACGAGUUCCUUCCCGGCGAGGGAAAUUUGCCUGCUCGAGGAGAGGAUGGAGACCCGAUGUCCCUGCAAGAUGCCCUGCGAUAUCAGUUCUUCCUCGUAGAAGAUGCCACGGAAAGAGCCGUGGGCACUGCCACGGCGUGGCAGACGAAGCACCAUGCAGCAUACUCCGACAUGCUGACGAAGAGCAGCUAUUGGGCUGCCUUGUUGGAAUCUCCGGACUCGACGGUCCGACGUAUAGAUCUCGGCCGGGAUGGGCUGGUCCACUGGGUCGCCAUCGACCCAGAGUUUCAAGGACGGGGCCUCUCCAAGUCGCUGCUGGCGGCGGUGCUGCGCAGCCUGGGCCCUGCCGGCCUGAAGUGCGCUACCGCUACCCUCGGAACGAGCAGCGGCCGGCCGCAAGCAAUCCCUCUGUACCUCUCCUUUGGCUUCGAGCCCAUGGUAUUUGGGGCUGAGGACUGGGGCGCAUGGAAAGACUUGUACCGUGCCGCCAUGGCAAGGAUGGCGAUGGACGAGGAUCACAGUGCCGACGAGCGCAGGCGUCGCGGCGAUCGCGUGCUUGCCGAGAGGCUGGCACCGGUCGCCGGUGUGGAUUUGAAGAGCAUACUGGGCCUUUAG